AUGGACACUUUGGCUUUAAUUGGCAGGUUUCUUGAUGAUGACAAGCAGAAUGAGUUAUUAGAAAAAUAUGCGUCGAGACUUGAGGAGUCAAAUGAAAAUGUGGACAAUUUAGCCGACUUGUUGACGAUCAUUAAGAUUAAAGAUGAUCACCAUGUAAUUACCACCAUUCAGCUGUUCAUCAAUCGGCAUAUACUUGACAAAAGCUAUAAUGCUGCAAUUGCCAAAUUGGUCCAAACGGUGCCAACCUUGCAAUCCAGUAUUUUUGACCACGUCACAUCACUUAUAACCAGCUUUAUCAGUCGUAACAAAAAUUUCUUUAAUCCUUCUUUUUACCAACUAUUCUCUUUCACAAAGCCUACUACGGAAAAGGAGGAAAUUGCAGAAGAAGAGCUAUUGGCAAUACUUGAUUUGGUGGAUUUAAUAUGCCAGACUAACUCGUCAGAAACAACAACAUUAGCAUCAAAUACUUGUCCCAAAUCUACUCAACUUGACACUUUACUUUUGAUUCUCUUGGGAAUAGAUGACCAAACAAUUGCCGAGACUGCCUCCAAAAUAUUCAAAUGGAGAAUCACCGCAUUGAGUGCUGAUGACUCAAAGUUCGACAUCACAUGGAAAGUGGUUUUCGCUUUGCAAAGCUCUUCACUGAAAAUAUUCCACACACAACAAGCCUACAUUUUAUGGCUCCGAUACUUGAACAAUAGCGCAAGUAAUAUUGCAUCAAACAAACAGUUUGCAGAACUCAUACAAAAUGAUUACUAUUGGUCAGCCAUCCAGAUUGGGCUUACCAGUAACCUGCACGAACAUAGAAAAUACUCACUCUCAAUCUUGACCAUGAGCAUCAAGUCAAUUAACUUGGACUUUGAAAACAAGUUUGUGAAAUGGGAUACGAAGGAGCAAGACCUUUACCUUAAUGAGUGGGCAAGGUAUAUCACCUUGUAUGAGAUUAUAGCAGUCGAUACUUCUUUGCACCAGGCAGAGGCUGGUAUCAAUGACAUGACUGCAUUAAUCUCAUCAAACUCAAGGAUUUUCUCAUCUUGGGGGUGGGCCCUCUUGUCCACUGGGUUUAAAGCUACUAUUGACUCGGUGCGUAAAUUUACAAUGAGAUUGUUGCUCUCCAUUCCUUUGGAAAACUUGUACUUGAUUAAAUCGGCAUUGCCGAUUUUGGAAAAAGAUAUCUUGCCAAAUUUGAUGACAGCUAGUCAUUUACACGUGAAAACAAUUGAUGGUGUAGUAAACUGUGCAUAUGUUGAGAAAUUGCAGAGCUUUAUCAUGCACAUGUUUCAAAAUUUAAAAGAUCCCAACGAUGUUCAAAACGUUGCCAAAUCUGUGCUCAAGGUUCUCGUUGACUUGAAAGAUGGAUUCGCCCCUUCAAGAAUACUCGUUUUACAAGGAAUGUUGCAAGGUUUAGGAGAGAACAGAAAACUCUUGCAAUAUGGUGGUGUUCAUGAUACUUUACUUUUGGAAUUAUUUGAUAAGACGGCUGAAGAUGAAUUUCAUGAGAGUUAUUGUCAGGCACUAAACUUGCGACUCUUGUUGCACUUUGAACCAAAUUCAAAAAAGUUCUUUGAACUUUUGGCAAAAUUCGUCAAGUACAAUGGAUAUGCAACAUUAAGGAGAGAUUGGAGUUUGGUUCUGGAUUACGUUACAGAAUUGCAAAAUGAUGGAUGUGGAGUAAUCGAUAUUACUGAUAUAGAUCAACAGGUGUUGCAAAUUUGCUUUUCAAGAAACAAUAACGUCCUCAAUACCACCAAUGACUUGUUACAGGCAAAACUUCUUGAAGCUGGAUAUUUGCAAAUGUCUUGUGAGAAUUUGGCCAAUUUGCCAUUACUGGACAAUAUUGAGGUUAUAGAAGCACUUGAUCGUAUUGAGUUCAAAUCUGGUAUUGAUAUCUCGUCAUCUAUUAUGACCCAGUUGUGGCGCAAAAUAGAAAUGGAGCUCCAGUCAGCAGAUAUCGAAGUCUUGAAAGAUUCUGUUGCAAAAUUCAAGCUUUUCAACAAACUUUUUGCAAACUCAAACUAUGUUUUUGAAAAUCCCUUGGAAGUGUUCAAUUUCAAAAAUGAAUUGCUAUUGAAUGAGAAAGAAGCAUCGAAAAGAGAUCGGUUCUUUUACAAAUUGAAAGAUGCAAUCGAAGGUGAAUACUUGACGUGUUUAUCUACUUCAUAUUGUAAGCAACCAAUUGAUUUCCAAAAUUUGCUUGGUAUUUUUAGUUCCAGUAUCUUGAGUCUUGAUGGAAGAUGUUCAAUGAUCAAAGCGAUAAUCAAUUACUUGCAAUCUAACCCUGAACCAGCUUUGGUCUCUGACAUCGUUGCGUUCUUGAUUGAAGUAUGGUCUCAGUUAGCGUCUCAACGGUUGAACUUAAUUGAUCGGAAAUUACACCUCCUUGUCAUCGAAGCUAUGCUUCAUGAAAGAAUUGUUUAUGAAACCAGAGAAGAAAAAGAGAGAGACUUUGACGACGAAGACGACAACAACGACAACGACAACGACAACGACAACGACAACGACAACGGCAAUUACAACGAUUACGGACAAGAUUUGCGAAAUUUUUGCAUUUCAGUCUUGGAAAAUUCCAAAACAAGAAGAACAUUAUUACCUGCUUUGGCGUCUUGUCUUUCUAAACUCCACAUUUCAAACACGAACAAGUUUGAAAGUUUGGAUUGGAUGCCAGAAGUUCUUGUCAAAAUGUAUUUGGUUUACCAACCUAAAAAUGCCCAUUUCAAUUUGGUUAACGUAUUAGCUGAAAAGUUUGAUAAAGAAAUUGCGGUAAAUAAAGAAAGUUCAGACAUUUAUAAAAGAGUCUUUGGUGUCCAUGAAAUUAGUGCUCGAAUUGAUACUAUUGUAUUGUUCAAUUCCAUUAACAAUAAGGACUUUGCACAAAAGAUUUAUGCCUUCAUUAUUGAAAAUGAAAAAGAAUUUCAUCUUUUCAAUGCACUUAAGCGCACCGAUGCUUAUGAAGAAUGGAAUAGAAUUCAACUUUAUUCUAUAAUUCUUUCCAUUGUUGAUCAAAUAGACAUUGAUUUCAACCUUUUCAUUACCAGGGUUGCCACUGACCCUAGUCCGUUGGUUAGACUGUAUAUCGAAUGGAUCAUUGCUUACAAGAUGUUGCAGAAUCCUACACUCUCGGACGAAAUGUUUAACGAGUUGACUGAGAAUUACAAGGAUAUCAAACCAACAGUUUGUUUAUCGUACAAGCGGAUAUUAUUCCUUAUGAUUGCCCAAUUGGAGAGGGAUACGGAAGUGGACUAUUUAUCAAAGUAUAUCAACGUGAUAAUUGCUGGAGCAACUGCGCAAAAGAGAUUAAUUAGACAUUUUUCACUAUCGAUGAUUAUAUCAAUUUGGAAUGAAAUUGAAAGAAAGGACUUGCUGUCAAUGUCACUGCUGGAACAAAAACUGCUUGAUCCACGUCUCAAACAAUUGGUUUACACGCUCUAUCAAACUGCUGUGAAUUCUGAAAUCUUUACCCUGUACAGAAGUGGUGACGAUCUCAUAUGGGACAUUAAACGCGACUUGAAUUUGACUUAUAUUGCUGGAGGAAACUUGCUAAGAUUGACUGAUCGCGAUGAUAUGGACUUUAUCACAAAGGAGCAGUUUGAACAAUACCUUUCGACUGAUCAAAAAGAAAUAUUGAGACGGCCAAUUGGAGAGACUCAAGACAUCAACAAACUCCGAGAAACUUACAAAAGACACAUCAUUACACCAGAGCAGGUAGUAGAGCAGGCAUCGCCAUUGCAGACCAAGAGUGGUGCUUGGAAUUCAGUUAUGAAUAUCGAUAAUCCCAGAUCUGCAAAAGACCUAAGCAGAAGCGACUUGAUAGUUGUGGCUUCGUUAGUUGAUAAGCCACCUAAUUUGGGUGGUAUAUGUCGUCUUAGUGAUGUGCUAGGUGUAGGUUUGCUAACUAUUCACGAUAUGGAGGUGGCAAAACACCCUCAGUUCAAAAAUGUUGCAGUUACAGCUGACCAAUGGAUGCCGAUGCAUGAAGUCAAACCGGAAGAGAUUAAAAACUAUUUACUUGAAAAGAAAAGAGAUGGGUAUACGCUUAUUGGAUUAGAACAAACUGACAAAUCUGUACAAUUAAACAAAAAUCUUGAAUUUGCCAAAAAGUCUUUAAUCUUGUUGGGAAAAGAAAAAGAAGGUAUUCCAGGAGAGUUGCUUGCUGAAUUGGACUUUUGCGUCGAGAUCAAGCAAGUUGGUAUUAUACGUUCGAUGAAUAUCCAAACUGCUGCAGCCAUUAUAGUGCAUGCCUACUCUUCUCAGCAUUGUUAG